GACCAAGCACUCAACAAAACUCAACUCGACUUGUAUCAAUCAUCAAACAACAAGCUCAUCCGACGAACCGAAUAAGUAGAAACAAUGGACGACAGUCAGGCACCUCCUCCGUCAUUCGAUCUACCACCGACGGAUCCAACCAGCAACUUGAAAGAUAUUGCUCGAACAUUCACUGAAUUCUUGGAUGAUGAAACCAGAAAACCCAAUUAUAGGAUACUUGUUCGAAAGAUGGUCGAAAAAGGUGACCGACGACUGAUCGUAAAUCUUGAUGAUCUACGUGAUUAUAAUCGAGAAUAUUGUGAUCGUUUGUUAAAGUCGCCCAUCGAACAUAUGGCUGCGUUUGAGCUUGCGCUGGGCGAGAUGGUUGCUUCCUUGACAUCAACGGAUGUUCAGAACCAGAGGCGAUAUUACGUCGGUUUAAGGGGUUCUUUUGGCGACCAUCAUGUCAACCCAAGGACAUUGAGAAGUCAUAUGAUUGGAAAAAUUGUAUCUUUGGAAGGAAUCGUUACAAGAUGUAGUUUGGUUCGUCCAAAAGUAAUCAAAAGUGUACACUUUUGCCAAGAAACCAAUCAAUUUUAUGAGCGGGAAUACCGUGAUCAACUUAGUGGUGGCACCGGACCAACGAGCACGGCACUCUAUCCCAAAGAAGAUGCUGACGGCAAUCCACUCGAAACUGAAUUUGGUCUGUCGACAUAUAUGGAUCACCAAACCGUAGCGAUCCAAGAGAUGCCCGAGCGAGCACCAGCUGGACAGCUACCCCGGAGCGUCGAGGUAGUUAUGGACGACGACCUGGUGGAUAACUGUAAACCUGGCGAUCGAGUUCAACUAGUGGGAAUGUACCGAAGCUUAGGUGCCAAAGGAGCAGGUGGUGGCAGUGCAACCUUCAAGACCCUUAUCGUGGCCAACAACGUAGUCUUGUUAUCUUCGAAGGCGGGAGGCGGUAUUGCCCAAGUUCAACUCACAGAACUCGACCUACGCAACAUCAAAAAGGUCGCCAAACGGCGAGGAGUAAUCAAAUUACUAGCCGAAUCUCUAGCACCCUCUAUCUUUGGACAUGAGCACAUCAAGAAGGCUGUCUUGCUACUCCUGCUGGGGGGUUUAGAGAAAAAUCUUACAAACGGGACUCAUAUCAGGGGUGACAUCAACAUGCUCAUGGUCGGUGACCCUUCAACAGCCAAAUCUCAGAUGCUCCGAUUCGUCCUUAAUACUGCCCCUCUGGCUAUCGCGACUACCGGUCGAGGUUCUUCGGGGGUUGGUUUGACAGCAGCAGUUACCACAGAUAAGGAAACGGGUGAAAGACGCUUAGAAGCCGGUGCCAUGGUCCUUGCGGAUAGGGGUGUGGUGUGUAUCGACGAAUUCGAUAAGAUGUCUGAUGUCGAUCGAGUAGCAAUUCACGAAGUGAUGGAACAGCAGACCGUUACCAUAGCCAAGGCUGGGAUUCACACCUCGCUCAAUGCCCGAUGCUCCGUCAUCGCCGCAGCCAAUCCAAUCUACGGACAGUAUGAUGUACACAAGGACCCCCAUCGGAAUAUCGCACUACCCGACUCGCUCCUGUCUCGUUUUGAUUUAUUGUUCAUUGUCACAGAUGAUUCUGAUGAACAUCGGGAUCGAAAGAUAUCUGAACAUGUUUUACGCAUGCAUCGCUACUUACAGCCCGGAGUGGAAGAAGGUACUCCAGCGGUUGAUGUCCUCCAACAGAAUCUCUCAGUCGGCAUCGGAAUCGAUUCUUUGGACCCGGGUGCUGCAAAGGAAACCACAGUAUUCGAAAAAUUCAAUCCGCUCUUACAUGCCGGUGUCACUGGAAAUGAUGAUGAGGGUCAAGGGGACCGUCGUCGCAAAGAAGUCCUGUCGAUUGAGUUCAUUAAGAAAUACAUUCAAUAUGCUAAGAACAAUUGCAAACCGGCCCUUACUCAAGAUGCAGCCAACCUGAUCGUGGAAGUUUAUUCAUCUCUUCGAAACGAUGACUUGCAGUCUAACCAAAAAAGGACAACUCCACUCACCGCACGUACUCUCGAAACUCUUAUCCGUCUGGCGACUGCGCAUGCUAAAGCGCGAUUGUCACCCACGGUCAGUGUAGCUGAUGCGCAUGGAGCGGAAGCGAUCCUGCGAUUUGCUCUAUUCAAAGAGGUCAUGAAGUCGCGGAAGAGUCAGAGUGGGAACAAGAGAAGAAAAGUGGAUAAACCAAAGAAGGGAGUUGGUUCAGAUGAGGAAGAGAUGGAGGAUGAGGACGAGAGCGAUGAAGGGGCUAAUGUUGAGGUCGCAGAUCAAUCCCAGCCGGCCGGCCCAUCGAAAUAUCCCACACGCUCCCGAGGGACCCUCCCUGAAGCGACUGCCUCUGGCUCUCAUACCGUUAACCAACAAUCAUCUGAUCAAAUGCAAAUAGAUCCUAUCACCAUUCAACCUACGACUGAAGAAUCACAAAUCACCGACUCUAAUUCCACAAGCUCUGCUGAGCUGAGUCCUGAGAGGAUCAAAUUGUUUAAACAAAGAUUAGGGGAGACGUUUAUGCGAUCGGAUGAUAGUAUGAUCGAGAUUGAUGAACUAUUGAAACAAGUGAAUGACGGAAUCCCAAGUCGAAUAUUCGACCAGACAGAAGCUAUCAAGAUCUUGAUGAUUAUGCAUGAUGCCAAUGAGCUUAUGUAUUCUACUGGCUCAAUUUUCAAGAUAUGAUUGGACAAUAGAUCUAGAGUUGACUUGAAAUGCAUCCAUCAGCCAAUCGUGAGACUGGCGUUGACUUGAUGCUGGUGGGACGAUCUAUAAUUGGAUGGGAGGGCAGCGGCCUAUGUGAGGACCGGGCAUACCAGUUGCAAUUGAUUUAUUCACUUGGUGGAGGGGCCCCACAGUGUUCACAAGUCCUUUUUGGGAGUCGGUAUUCACUUGGGGCGUGACUGCAUUGUUUCACAUGACACAUCAGCGCGUUGUAACCGUACUCGACUGAUUGCUGACAGGAAUUGCACUUGCGGGGGAUGUAGACCGCAUCAGGGGGCCCCGAGUAACUGCACAAACUACAAACGCCAAAGCGGAAUGCCGCCUUGCUAUUUUUAUUACAACCAGUGCAGACUAGGGUGGCCGUCCCAGUGGAAGAGUUGACAUUCCAACAUAUGUUAGGCGCAGUGCAGCUGCGGGAGUGCCUCGCGUGUUGGUCCCAGUACGCCGACGACACUUCAUUGAGGAGUUCCAGCGCCGCUGCGACUACAAUCAUCCCGAUGAAACGCAUUAGGAACAAGUUUGCAAAGGAUCAACUAGCACUUGGUAGGAUUUGAACAGAUGAUCUUGGUGGUUUUGGUGAGGCGGAUUGAUGUUGAACAGCUCGAUUACCCAAGUGGACGAAAGGGGUAUGGUCACGAGGAACGCGACAAAGACCUAUUUACUUCAAGCCUCCGGCUGGACAAAGCAAUCAGUCAUCGGGCAAAUACGA